GCUCUUCCACUCCAGCAUCCCUGCAACUUUUGCCAUGAGUUUUCUUCACCCCUUAACGUUUCUGGCUGUGGCUCUUGUAGCGCGGUCUCAGACGCAGCUUUUGCGGGGCUCCUGCACAUUCGAGGCGGACAGCUGCGGCUACACGUCUGAUCCUGCUUAUGCUGCCUGGACCAUCAACGAUGAAGGUCGCUUCAUCACAGCAGAAUCCUUGUCCUUUGGAGAAAAAGAGAAGCAUGUGCUAGUAAGUCCGGAGCUGGAGCUCAGAGACUGGAGCUGUGUGCGGCUGGUCUAUCAGAUCUCAGGCUCAGGAUCUCUUCAAUUGCACUUGCGAUCCGAGGAGGAAAACUUUGACUACAUGUUAUGGAGUGCAGAGAAACCCUCAGACAGUUGGCUCAUCGCAAGUGUGGACCUUCGUAACAUUUCUGGAACUUACCAGCUAUUGUUUGAGGCUAAACCUAGCAGAGGAAUGGGAAAUAGUGUUGCUGUUUUUGAAAUACAUAUCAUACCUGGAUACUGUAUAGAAUGUAACUUUGAGGAGCAUCACUUGUGUGGCUACAGUAAUCAGUGGAAUCCCAAUGUGAACUGGUAUGUGGGUGGCAGUUUGGUCCGGGACCCUCGGUCAAAUCUUCCAGAUGACCACACCAUGAACAAUGGGAGAGGUCACUACAUGUAUGUGGACUCAGUUUAUGCUAAAAGGUUUCAGGAGGUGGCAAAGCUGGUGUCUCCGAUGACCACCACUCCAAUGACAGGGUGCUUGUCCUUUUACUAUCAAAGAGACCAAGCCAUUGGGAAUUUCUUCUCUGUGUUUACUAAGGACCAGCUAGGCCACUAUGAAGAGAUAUGGAGGCCUGAUGUUUAUGCCACAUCAAGUUGGAAGUUAGUGCAAGUGGAUAUUAAGGCAACACAUCCUUUAGAGGUGGUGUUUGAGGUGGCGUUUAAUAGUGCUCGCGGUGGUCAUGUUGCUCUGGAUGACAUCUCUUUCUCCUCUGCGUUUUGCCACACAGAAACAGAGCCAGAGAUUGACCCGUCUGUUGCAAACUGUGACUUUGAGGAGGGCCUGUGUCAGUAUUAUCAGGAACAGACUGGAGGCUCGCUGUGGAACAAAGUCUCUGUCAAACCGAAUGUUUACCGCAUUGGAGAUCACACCACAGGCACUGGUUCUUUUCUUCUGACCAACACUCGCCAUGCCUCUCGUCCAGGGUAUGUGGGUCGUCUUUUUGGACCUUUCCUACCAGGGAACCAUAAAUACUGCCUCAGGUUCUACUAUGCCCUUCAUGGCUUCAUGAAAAUAGAUAAUGCUCUGGCUCUUUAUGUUUAUGAUGAAAACAACAUAGCUCAGGAGAAACUAUGGACUGUUUCUGAGAGGUCUAGAGAUGUUUGGACUGAGGUGGAAGUGACCUACCUGAAGCCCAUGUCUACUAAGGUAGCAUUUGUCAGCAUCUGUAGAAACUUCUGGGACUGUGGCCUUGUGUCUCUUGAUGACAUCUCUGUGACUCUUGGAGACUGUCGUGUUAAUGCAGGACCCUUGAAUCCACCUCCUGGACACUGUAACUUUGAAACUGGUGACUGUGGCUACACCCAGAAAAAGAAAGCUAAAAAAGGACAUUGGCUAAGGAUUCGAGGACAGACGCCCACAUCUUACACCGGACCCAAGGGGGACCACACCUUAGGGGUAGGUUACUUCAUGUACAUUGAGGCCUCCCACAUGUUACCUAAGCAGUCAGCCCAGCUGAUGUCCACUGAGCUGAGGGGCUCAUCCAUCCCGCAGUGUCUGAUCUUCUUUUACCACAUGUAUGGCUCGGGCACAGGGACCCUGAGCAUCCUGCUGCGUAAGGGGGACAAGGAAAGACUGCUUUGGUCUAGGCAAGGAGAACAGAGCGUGUCCUGGAUGAAGGCCAUGGUGGAUUAUGAGUGUUACACAAGGCACUGGGUUAUAUUUGAAGCCACCAGAGGAUCGUCAAUAAGGAGUGACAUUGCGAUUGAUGAUGUUGUGUUUAAAAAGGGACCUUGCAAAGAUCCUGGAGACAGCGUUUCCUACUCAGGCUUCUCUGAAAAUUUCAAUGAGAUUGAGUACUGA